CCAAAGAUCCAAACUUUGAACUCAACAAGAACCAAACUCACUUCAGCUCUUCAUGGGCUACUCUAUAAUCACACCACCACCCACUCCGUCACCCCAUCUCCACCCGAACCCGAAACCCAAGCCCAAUACCAUCUCCCUAACCCGCCGCUCCCUCCUCCUCUCCUCCACCGCCCUCACCCUCCCCUCCUCCGCCGCAUCCCCUCCGCCACCCGACACCACCAUCACCGACCGCGUCUUCCUCGACUUCAGCCUCUGCCCCACCUACUUCCGCUGGUCCUCCGAGCAACCCGUCCUCUGCCCCGACCCGGUCCCACUCGGCCGGAUCGUUCUCGGCCUCUACGGCCACCUCGUACCCAUCACCGUCACCAACUUCAAGGCCAUGGUCACCUCCGCCGCCUACAAGGGCACAACCGUCCAUAAACUCUUCCCCGGUCAGUACUUCCUCGCCGGCCACCAGGGUGAUAAACCCGGCGACGUGCGGCGGCCCAUUGGGCUUAUCGCUCGGAACACCGAGACCGUCGAGCCCAAGGCGUUUGAGUUGACCCACUCCCGGCCGGGGCUGCUGUCGCUUAGUCUGUCGGAGAACGACGACGAAGAUGAGAUCAAGUUCGACCCGGAUUACCGGAAUGUGGAGUUCUCCAUCACUACUGGGCCCGGUCCAUGUCCUCAGCUCGAUUACAAGAACAUUGUCUUCGGCUCUGUAAUCGAAGGUUUGGAUGUUGUGACGGCUAUAGCAGCUAUACCGACGUACAGACCGUCCGAGAGAAUACAGCAGUUCAACGAUUUUGCAACGUUUCUUGGAGACGAUAGAGCAAUGCAGGCACGGGCGCUGUGGAAUAAGCCGCUCAAGACUGUGUAUAUCAGUGACUGUGGUGAGCUUAAAGUUGCAAAGCCUUCCUUUUCUCCUCCUAGUCUACCGUAAGCACUCACAAGUUACAAAGAGUCGUGUACAUUCAACGUUGCAUAUAAUGUAAAUGUUUGCAAUUGCUGUUUUUGCUCACUGUAGCACUGAUCGUCGUGUUUCAUAAGAGGAUUCUUGAAUAUUGAAAGACUGCUGAUUUUGUUUCAGAAAUGAAGAUUCAGUUAUAAAGACAGUUCAAGUUGUAUAACAUGCUUCAUACGUCUUAUGCUUUGAGGAAGUAAUAGCAAUGUUAAAAUUUUGGACAGAAAUAUAACUCAGUCUAAUAGAGACCAUUACUAGCUUGUAUAGUUGUAUUACCAAGUUCAUGAUCUGAGGCAAAAUGUUAGAUUGACUAAUAGGAAAAACUUCGGGAGGUAUGU